AUGAAUAAAAGUUUAUUAUGGCGGAGGCACAUGAAUAAAAGAAAAAAAAAGGUCGAACCAGAUCAGAUCAGACCCACGCAAAUCACUUCCCCAUUCCCUCGCCGCCGCCGCCGCCGCCCCGUCGAGAUCCUCCUCCGCGGCGGCGCCGCCAUGCUCCGGCUCCGUUGCAGCCUCCUCUCCCAGCUCCUCUCGUCUUCCCCCGCCUCUCCCAUCUCCCACCUCAGCCGCCUCUCCUCCGCCGCCGCGCCCGCCGUCUCCCCGAACCCUAGCUUCGCGGUGGCGGACUACCUCGUCGCCACCUGCGGCCUCACCCGACCCCAGGCCCUCAAGGCCUCCGCCAAGCUCUCCCACCUCAAAUCCCCUUCCAAGCCCGACGCUGUCCUCGCCUUCCUCGCCGGCCUCGGCCUCUCCGGCGCCGACGUCGCCGCCCUCGUCGCCAAGGACCCCAAGUUCCUCUGUGCCAGCGUGGAGAAAACCCUGAGCCCCAUCGUCGUCGGGCUCACCGGCCUUGGCCUGUCGCGUUCUGAGAUCGCACGCCUGGUCUCGCUCAGCCGCGCCCAGUUCCGCUGCAGAUCCAUCGUCUCAAAUCUGCAAUACUGCCUGCACCUCUUCGGCUCCUUUGAGAAGAUCCUCGCUGCUCUCAGGUACGGCUUAUGCCUUCUCGCAGCCGACCUCGAGACAGUGGUCAAGCCCAAUGUUGCCUUCCUGCGUUCCUGCGGGCUAGGUGACUGUGACAUUGCCAAGUUGUGCAUCGCUGAGCCAUGGCUGCUCGCCUCAAACGUAGAGUGCGUCCAGGCAAUGGCAGCACGCGCCCAAGCUAUUGGUGUGCCCUGUGGCUCUCGGAUGUUCAGGCACGCGCUGAAGGCUGUUGCAUUCCUCAGCAAUGAGAAGAUCGCCGCCAAAGUGGAGCAGUUGAAGAAGAUGUUCAGGUGGUCAGAUGCCGAGGUGCGCAUUGCUUUGUCCACGCUUCCAUCUGUGCUGAUGAGGUCUAACCAUAUGCUGGAGAGCAAGUCAGAGUUCCUAAUCUCCAAGGUGGGGUUUGAACCAGCAUACAUUGCUCAUCAUCCGGCAUUGCUCACAUACAGCCUGGAGGGCCGGAUCAUACCCCGCUACUAUGUUGUAAAGUUUCUCAAGGAAAAUGGACUGCUGGAUCACAACCGGAGCUACUAUUCUGCAGUCAUUGUGAUGGAGAAAGUAUUCGUGGACAAGUACAUAUCCCCUCACAAGGAAGUUGCACCAUACCUUGCUGAAGACUAUGAUGCCGCUUGCAGAGGGGAAGUGCCGACUAGAUUCAAAUUUACAUGA